AUGGUUGUAUCGCAAACGCUCCAGGACAACUUGAUCUCACUUGAAGUCAAGUAUAACUUCUGGCUGUGCGACGAAACAUUACAGCUCGCCGCACCUGAGCAGAUACCAGCUGAAUGGCCUUGUGAUCCUUCAUCAUUCAUGCAGAUCACCAAACAGUGCUGCCGGUGCGUUUGGUUCAAGAACGCAGUUCUCAGCCACCUUGAUUUGACCCGGGAUAAUUUCAAACUUGGUGGCAUACUCAAAAAAGAAGAUGCCCUUGGCCGACUCGCUUGGGUUGGCCAAAUAAUCAAACCCACUGGGAGGAUCAGGACGUACCCGUUGCCGGCCGGCUACCCGAUUUUCCGCCGAUCUAUGUUGCAUAUGCCGAAGGGCGCCAGGGCGGCGGUACGGAUCAAGGCGUCCAAUGCAUACCUUGAAACUUUCCAACCUCAAGUGUGUGAUGGAUGCUCCCAUUCCGCUUGA